ACUGGGAUAUUUUAGAUCCAAGUGAGACCCAUAUUUACUCACAGGGUAAGCCAGCCUGCCAUUUAGCUUUUCUUGCAUCGCAGAGAGCAGAGUAAACUCCUCAAGUCUCUGCUUUUAGGAGAGAGGAAUAAACAGUGCGUGUGUGACAGGGACAGCCUCAGACAGGACUCGGUGUGAAGAGGUGGAGCUAUGAGCUACUGUAUCUGGCUCAGGCUGUCCCAGGGAAGCAGGCAGUUUUAAUUUGGGAAGAAACUUUUCUAUUCUGUUUUUUUUUUUUUGAGUUAUGAAGUCUCAAGAGGAUGCAGCAGGCUGGGGAAGUUUGCGCAAAGUCUCAGCUUGGCUCUUUAAGGGUUGGGUCUGCAAAGCUGGUAAAAAGUUUUGAAAAGAUUGCACAAGCUGCAGCUCGUUUCUGAUUCUGACAGUGUGCCUCCUCUGUUGCUGAGAAACAAGUUUUAAGAUAGAAGAGAAGCUGGCUUUGCUAGGACUUGCAUUACUGAACAAGAUGAGUCGGUGGCUUAUGUGUACCUCCUCAUACAUUGUAGAAUACGGACUGGAACAAGUACGAUGACCGGCUGAUGAAGGCAGUGGAGAGGGGGGAAGUGGACAAGCUUUCUGCAACUCUUUUGAAGAAGGGAGUCGUACCCACCAAGCUUAAUGUGGAGGGACAAUCCGCGUUCCACCUGGCUGCUUCCAGAGGGCAUCUGGAUUGUCUCAACAUCAUGCUGGCCCAUCACGUUGAUGUGACUGCUGCCGACGCCACUGGGAAAAAUGCCUUGCAUUUGGCUGCAAGGAAUGGGCAGUCACUGUGCGUGCAGAAACUACUCCAGCACAACUGCCCUGUUGGAAACGUGGACCUGCAAGGAAGAACAGCGCUUCAUGAUGCUGUGAUAGCAGGCUGUACUUCGAGCGUGAAGCUGCUGUGUGACAGUGGAGCCUCUGUCGAUGCAAAGGAUUUUGAUGGAAGAACGCCACUGGUGCUGGCCACACAGAUGUGCCAUCCAAAGAUUUGCCAACUUCUGCUUGACCACGGGGCAGACAUCAGUGCCAGAGACAAGCAGAGCAAGACGGCUCUGAUUUUGGGCUGCGAGUACUCCUGCAGGGACGCAGUGGAGCUGCUGUUAAAGAGGGGUGCUGAUGUCACAAUGAUGGACUCCCUGGGUCAUGACGCAUACCACUACGCUCGGCUCUGUAAAAACUCGGAACUCCUGUCAAUGGUCAAGGCUGCCUAUGAUAACGCCAACAAAGCAAAGGAAGCUACCAAGAAAGGACAACAGUUUCACCAGGUGCAGAGUGUGGAGAAUCCACAUAGGAUGGAUCAGGUGAAUGCAGAGGCUGAAGCAAAUCUAAGUGGACAGAUGUUCCAGGAACUUGAGGUUGAAAAUGAAGACUUGAAGAGUAAAUUGAGAAAGUUUCAUCAGGAACAGAGGGUGCUACUUGACAAAGUUAAUGGAUUACAGCAGCAGCUCAGCCAGGAGAAGAGAACAGUGGAGGAACUCCAGAAAGAGAGAGAACAAUUAAAACUCCUUUUAACAGCAAAAGACAAGGAGCAGGAUGAAAGUGUGAAGGCUGUGGAAGCGCUAAAGAUCAAGCUAAAGAAUUAUGAGGGUGAUCACGUUGGCCAGAGUGGGCUUAAAAGAAAAGAUCACCUGCUUACAAAACAGUCCCGCAGCUUUGACGUAACACAGUUACAGUCUGUUGCCAGACCACUGGAGUUAUCAGGAGCUGGCCCAGCCUUUCAGGAUGAAAACGAAAACCUCAAGAAGGAUAUGGAAGUGUUAAGAAAACGGUAUGAGGCAGCGAAAGAAGACCAGGGCAGGCUUCAGAAAGAACUCUUGGGCAAGAUUCAGGAAUGCAAAAGUUUGUCUGAAAAAUGUGAGACAACAAAACAAGACUCCGACAAGCAAGUGAGGGAGAUGGAAGAUGCACUGAAUGACGUACAAAAGAGAAUGGUGGAUUCAGAGAUGAAAGUAAAACAACUGCAGGCUUAUGUGGUAGCCGUGAAGGAACACCUGAACAACCAGGUGGUGGACGAUCUGAAGGAACAGCUGCAAGACGUCAAGGGGAAGUACGAGGGGGCCUCGGCUGAGGUGGGGAAGCUGAGGAACCACCUGAAGCUGAACGAGAAAGCACUGGAGGAGUACAAGAAAAGUGAAGGAAGGUUAGCGGAAGACAUGGAGAAGGUGCAGAAGGAACUUAGCAAGUUGAAGAGGGAGAAGGAGCAAGCGACAAUGGCACUCAUGGACAUCGAAGGACAGAUGAAGGAGCUGGAAGCCAAACUGGCCUCCACCGUACCCGGAGAGAAAUUUGACAACAUGAAGAAUCUGCUUACGGACGCCGUGGAUGAGAAGGAGGGACAGAUCGCAGAGCUGAGGGAAGACUACGAAAGAGCACUGGAGGACAUUGCGGAGAUCCAAAAAGAACUUGAUAGGCAUGUGACACUUGAGGAGUAUGAUAGACUGAAGACUUCCUUCGAAGAUCAGGCUGGAGGUCUGAAGAAAAAACUUGCAGAUGUCACUGCCAAAAGUCAGACGUUGAUAAAGGAAGUAGAAAAGAAACAGCAGGAGAAUCAGUUACUUAAAAAGCAGCUGCAGGACUUGACUGUAAAGAUUCAAGCCCAGUAUGUGCCGUUAAAGUCACAUGAAGAGGUGAAGAAAUCAUUGAGCAGAACCACCGAAGAGCUGAACAGGAAGCUUUCAGAGGUGACACAAAAGCACGAUCGGGCACGAGCUGAAAUGGAGAAGCUCCAAUUGGAAAAAGUCACUUUAUGUGAAAAAGUGACCCAUCUGCAAGCCCAAUAUGUUCCACCUGAAAAGUUUGAGAUGGAAGUGACCAGCCUUUCAUCUCAGAAAGAGAGUCUAAAACAAGAGCUUGAAGAACUUGAUCAAAAAUACAACGAAAGGGAAAAGGAGAUGGACAAGUUAAUCUCACAGAAUGCUGAUCUGAAACAAAAGAUGGAGACGCAGUUUGUGCCAAAAGAGCUGUACAAAGAGAGCAGAAAUUCACUUGGAAAUGCUUUAGAGAGGACUAAUCGUGACCUCUCUAAACUGGAGAAGCAGUACAGAGAGACCCAGCAAGAAUUCAAGAAGGUGAAGGAUGAAAACACAACGUUGAGAGAAAAGUUGCAGGUUCUUGAGAAGCAGUUAUGCCAUGAAUAUGUUAGUCUUAAUGAUCAUGAAGCAAUGAGAAACACACUGAAUAGCACUGUGUCAGAGCUUCAGCGCAAAGUUAUGGCAGCUGAAUCUGGUUGUCAGAAAGCACAGGAGGAAGCUGUGAGACUCCAUAAAGAAAUUGAGGAGCAGAAGAAAGAAUUGGACACUAUACAGGAAGCAAUUCAGUCCAAGUUUGUUCCGGUGACUGUCGUUGAGGAAAGGCAACGUGCUUUUGACGCAACUCUGAAGGAUCUGAGGAAUCGGUUGACAGAGGUGCAGGAGAGGCUGAGGGAAGCCAAGCUGGAGGGAGACAGUUCUAAGCAGGACAACGAGAAGCUUAAAGUGCAGAUUGUUUCUGUACAGCAGAGCGUGGAAACUGGAUACGUUCCGAGCGCGAAACAUCAAGAAAUCGAAAACGCGUACAAAAGAAGAACAGAAGAGCUUACCAGUGAGCUUGGGGAGCUAGCACGGAAACAUGAAGACGUUGCUAUUCAGAAGAAAAUGUUGGAAGAAGAAAACACCAAGUGCCGCUCAGGGUUGCAGGCGCUGCAGCAUCGCAUGCAGACAGAGUAUGUUUUGCAGGAGCAGUUUAAGACCAUGCAACAGUCUUUGAAUGGCACCAUCGAGCAGCUUAAGAAUGAGUGUGAGAAAACAAAAGUGGCUUACAGACAUGAAUCUGAGAAAGUGAGGAUGUUACAGAAAGAACUAGAGGUUCACAAUGCUGGCUCUGUAGCGUUGGAAGAACACGUUCGAAUGAAAGAGAACUUGGAGGGAGAGGUUGCAGAUCUGAAGAGCCUUCUGAAAAAGGAGGAAGAAAGAAUGACAGAAAAGAUGCAGCAGGUUCUGACCCUUCAGAGAGACCUGCAGAGCGUCAGCAGAGCCCUGGAGCAGAUCAAAGAGAAGGAAGGCGGCGAGUUAUUGGUGUACAGAUCAGCAAAGAGUGCUCUGGAAGCAGAGGUCAUUGGCCUCAAUGAACGCUUGUCAAGUUUGACAGAAAAGUAUGAGGAGCUGUGUGAGGAAGUCUUGCGUGCCAAGGACAAGGAACUGACUGCAAAAACCGAGAGUGAGACGAAGCAGGCCAACAACCUGUCUAUUGAGAGAGAGAUUAAAGAACUGAAGGGAAGAUAUGACGAAUCCUUGACCACGAGUGCCGACCUGCAGAAAAGGAUUCAAGAAUCUGUUGAACAGAUGGCAGCAAAGGAUAAGAAGAUCACGGAGCUCCUGAAUGACAUGGAGAGGUUGAAGCAAGCCCUUAAGUUGGCACACGCCAGCAACACUCCGACAAAGAGACAGAACCAGCAGGUGGAGACCCUCCAAACCCAGAUCAAGAGCCUGCAGCAGCAGCUGGCUGAUGCUGAAAGGCGACACAUAGAAGUGGUUUCAGUUUAUCGAACGCACCUCCUCAGUGCUGCACAGGGGCACAUGGAUGAAGAUGUGCAGGCUGCCUUGCUCCAGAUCAUUCGGAUGAGGCAAGAAUUUGUAUGCUAGGAACAGAACCACACUGAGUGCUGUACAGCCAUUGUGACCUAAAUCCCUCACUUCACGAUGCACUACAUAGCAAACUGAAGAAUAUGCAACCAAGCAUCGCCUGUGACAGAGAGGUCCACGGUGGAUUGUUUAAUGGUUUGAGAAAAAAAUGAAAAAGAAAUGAUGCCUAGUUUGACCUUUUUCCCUCUAAAUCGCAGCAAGUUUUACUUAUUUUAAUGAAGCUGAUUUCAAAUAUUUUUAUAAGCUUCUCUGGAUGGUAAAUUCAGUAACCCUUUUUUUUUUUUUUUCUCAAAUUGAAGACAUGUGGAGCGUUUUGAAUUGUCUGAUUGCCGAGACAGUUAAAUUUCCUGCAGAAUAAGGACAUUGCGAGUUCUUUUUCAUGUUUUACAAUUGGCUAUAUGUGGGAGUAAGUUAUAACACUAUAUUUACUUUAACUGACUCCCAAGAGUAACGCAACACUGUACUCACUGUACAUAGCAAUAGCAAGCAAUGCUGUUUAACGCUCACAAAACCAAGCAGUGAUAUCAUUGGGUUACGGCCCUGUGUCUUAUUUGGGACAUUUUCGGUCUGUCGGGAAGGUUCUUUGUUUUUAUAUAUCUUCUAUCUUAUUUUCCAGACAUUACAUUGUUGCCAAGCCUAUUGUUUCACCAGUAUAUUGUCAAAAAAUACUUGUUAUGAUAAUAUCUAUAAAGCAAAUGUUAGCACAAUUAUAUAUACACAAAAAAGUGUCAUUUUCAUUUUCCUUUCACUUUAAAUACAGCACGACUACAACAUUAGCUGUUUCUGAUAGGGCUCAGUUCUCAUCUCAGUUAGGUUAGUAUGCCUACAGAUACUGUUACACAGUACUGGGUAAGCACUAACCUUACUGGGAUUAAACCACUGCCCAGGGUUGUGGCUUGGCUGGCCAAGUUGCCUUGUAAUUUAACGGAGCUAGCUAAAAUACCGCGGCUUUGCCUUGCAGGUAAAAAUAGGAAUUUAGUUUUUAACUAGACUAACCUUGUGCCUUUUACAGAUAUAUUUUUUCAAGAAUGGCUUUGUUAUACUUUGAUUUAAACACUAUAUGAGAAUAUUAUUCAGCAGGACUGGAAUGGAAUAGGAUAAUGAUUGUUCUUGUUAACAUUUCUAAUGUCGGGGAGGGGGGGGCACUGACCCUGGGGACCCCACCCCCCACCCCGUGUAUUUCUCCAGGUUGGUACUGUUCUUAAUAAGGUAUAGAUUACCCCCAUGAACUACUGUGUGUGAAAUAUGUAUCUAAUAACCCUUUGUCAGGAUGUUUAAAGAAAAACAGAAUAGCCAAACACUUGUUUUAAUAGUCAAUUUAUAUAAAAAGGCAAGUAGUUUUUAUAGUAAUAAUAAUAAUAAUAAUAAUAAUUUUAUUGUUUUUUUUAAAAAGACCCCCAGUCUGUAUUUGUCACCAGUCCCUGUGGUACUGGUACUGAUGGUUAUAGUACAGAUACUUUGUUUUGAAAUGUUUCCAUCUUAAUAAUUAGCUGUACCAGCAUUAAUAAAAGUACCUAUUUUAGAAGA